AUAAUUUUUAUUUGAUUAAUUUGUUUUCAGCACCUGGAUUUUUUAUUUGUAUAUUCAAGAAAUCGCUCUCUAGUUAUUAUACAAGACUCCACUCUGCUUAUAUUUUAAUGCACUCCCCGCGGCCAUUUUUGAAUAAUAGAAAUAAUAACGUAAAUGCACUGCAGAUACACCGCCAGUCCUAUAGAGGGCAGUACAGCACGUCAUAGCCACAGCGCUCAGAACAAAACCAACUCUCAAAUGGCGGCACGAAAACGAAGCAUAGUGUGGUCGUUUUUCCAAGCCGAGGACGAAAAAAGAGUAUUAUGUCUCCUUUGUAUGAAAACGGUUUUAUAUUUUGGUCACACGACCAACAUGCUUCGCCAUUUACGAGCGAAACAUCCAAAUGAUUUCUCCGCUUUGGACAAGAGAAAAUCCACCGCGGGGAAAACCGCGUCCGCUCAUAAUAACGGCUGUGUGGAAGUGACCGUGAUGAUGGACGAGCAGCAGGUGGAAGUCCCGGCUGAGGUGGGAGAUGCUGAGAUGGACGGGGCGAUCCGAGGGAUCCUGUGUGCCGCAGCAGGAGAAGCGCCGACUGAAGGAGAGGCGUCCGGGUGCGAAGGCGAGGGUCGGGGCACCCAGGAGGGCAGCCCGGCACCGACUCAAACCCCGACCUCGCGCAAGUGGAGCGCAGUCUGGGUUCACUACCGCAAAGUGGACCAGGAGAAGAAGGCGCUGUGUUUGCUGUGCAUGGAGAAGAUCCAGCACCAAAGCAGCACCAGCAAUCUCAUCAGACACCUGCAGAACAAGCACCCCACCGAAUAUGCGCAGCUCGAGGAACAUUCGCAGAAACGCCCCCCCAAACGCAAAAAUGAGGAUCCGGAUUACGUGCCUGCAACUUCACCCAAAGCCCGGAACGUUCCAGCCAGCCGGAUGGUACCGUCUCCCCUCAACAGCAGUCUAACAGUGGUUGACUGGAGCGACGGGCGGAGGAUCCUGGAGCGUGAGCGGGAGCUGACGGAGGCGCUGAGGCGUGUGCAGCAGGAAGAGGGGCGGAGUUUGCAGCAGCAGAGGGAUUUGAUGCAGCAGAUCCGAGAGCUAGACGCAGAGCGGCGAGCGCUUCAGAACCAGAAACGCGAGCAGGAGGACGAACAUCACAGACUGAAGAGGGAACGGGAGGACCUGGAAACCAUCAGGAUGGAGAUUGCGAAGGAAAAAGAAGAACUCCAGAAGGAGAAGGAUGAGCUGUUUAAGGCCAAAGAGGAGUUUCGGAAGGAGAGGGAGGAGCUGGAGAGACAGAGACAGGACAUGCAUAGAGAGGGACACAUACAGGGCCAAGUGUCCGAGUUUUACAACUGUUGAUUUGUCUUAACGCUUUACUGUUAACGCAAGCUCUUUCCAGUUCUUUGUAAUUUUUAACAUGUUUAGUGACCGUAGCUGACAGAUUGCAUUACUCUGACGUUGCAGCAGGAUAAAGACGUCCAGGCGCGUGAUGUUCCUGUAAACCGCACGUUUCACUCUGUCAUUUUUAUCAUUGUAAAUUCUGCAGAACUCAAUACAGCGCUCUCCCUCACACA